AUGAUAAAUGAAGCCUUAAUAAAUCAAGAACCUCAGCAGCUCUAUGAUUAUUAACCAACUAGUAUUUCAUGUCCUCAAGUAGAAUUAAAUGAGUAUGAAUCUCCAGAUAGAUAACAUUAUAUUAGUUCACUAUGCUUUUAACUUAAAAAGUACUAAAAAUAGAAAAAAUUAUUACUUAGAAAAAUUAAACGAUAAAGAAAUCGGCCUAGUUUUUUGAAAAUUGAAGAUAGUGGAAGAAAUGUGAAAUUAUAUUCAUGCUCUCUAUAUUCUAAUAAUACAGAGAAACCUGAAAAUGAUACUUAAUGA